AAGGUAAAAUAAUCCCCAAACUUGAGUUGAUUGUUCAUUUUUCACCGGUGUGAUCAUUCACCUCCAUGUCUUCCCAUAUUCACCGGGGUUCAGAGUUGAAGACUCUGGACGACAAUUUCACGGCAUUAAUGGGGUCUCUGGGAAUUAGUGAGAUUGAUGAUAAGACCAACAAUAAGACGGAAUUGGAAUUCGACCCCAGUGACCCUCCUCCAUUUAGGCUGGUUGAGAUACGCAAUGCAAUUCCUAAGCAUUGUUGGGUUAAGGAUCCAUUCAGGUCCUUCAGUUAUGUAGUAAGGGACCUAACAUUGGUUGCUACGUUGAUUGGAACUGCAAUUUAUUUGGAUAGUUGGUUAUUUUACCCAAUUUACUGGGCCCUCCAAGGCACCAUGUUUUGGGCAAUCUUUGUUCUUGGACAUGAUUGUGGCCAUGGCAGCUUUUCAGAUAGUCAGUUGCUAAAUAAUGUGGUUGGUCACAUACUACAUUCUGCUAUUCUGGUACCCUUUCAUGGAUGGAGAAUCAGCCACAAAACUCACCAUCAGAACCAUGGAAAUGUGGAGAAUGAUGAGUCUUGGGUGCCAAUGUCGGAAAAACUAUACAAAAAAAUGGGUUAUUCAACCAAGAUUCUAAGAUACAAGAUCCCAUUUCCCUUGUUAGCAUAUCCAGUGUAUUUGAUGAAGAGAAGUCCAGGGAAAUCUGGUUCUCAUUUCAACCCAUACAGUGACUUGUUUCAACCGCAUGAGAGAAAAUAUAUUGUAACAUCAACUGUAUGCUGGACUAUCAUGACAAUUGUCCUCUUUUACCUAUGCACCGUCUUUGGUACUCUGCAAAUGUUAAAGAUUUAUGGCAUUCCUUAUUUGGUUUUUGUUAUGUGGUUGGAUUUUGUUACUUACUUGCAUCACCAUGGCUAUGAGAAGAAGCUUCCUUGGUAUCGUGGAAAGGUAUGA